AUGGACCACAACAGCAAUCAUCACUGGUACUCCCAGAAUCGUCCUCGCAAUGACCCCAGAAUCCCUUCGCAACAAAGUCCGAACACCAAUAUUAACCAUCAUGGCUUCACGAAUGCAGCCAACCAGACUGUCCAGCAUGCCCAACAGAUGCUGGCAGGUUUCCCGAUGGCCUCAGCGACGCCGGCGUUGCAACCGGUGAGACACAUAGCGAACAUGACCAUGACGGCAGCGCCCCCAAGCUUUGUGCAGCCAAACUAUUAUUCGUCUCAGGCCCAGCCCGACUACACGCACGUACAGCAGCAUAAUUCGCAACAUAUUCCACCGCCACCGUAUACAGAAUAUGAUCAGCACUUGUCCUACCUUUCUGCACCGCAGGUUCCCCAAAACAGGACAGAGCACUGGCAUACCGCGAGAGACCAGUCUGUUCGCCUUUUGAAUGAGCAGGCUAGUCGAUCUUAUCCAUAUCAGGAGCCUCAGCAGCCUUCAAACUGGCCGGCUUCCAGUUAUCAGAGCACACCGUUUGCUCAGUCUGUUUUCCAGCGAACAACGCCCAACUCCGCUUAUCCCACACCUCCUCCUCCUGGGAUUAGCACCUCGUCUUCUUCCUUGGCCUUUGCGUUAGGUGGACCGCCUCAACCACCACCAAGGCAGCAGACUGUCACACAACCGUUAUUUCACCCGACGCAGGCACCGUUACCCCAGCCUGCACCAGCCCCUCAACCAGCGCCAGUUCCGCAAGCAACAGUCUUCCCACCUCCAUCGAACCCUCCCGCUGCCCAGGCCUCGCAACCGACAUACAAUGCGGACGACUCUGCUUCAUUUUUCAACAGUUUUCUGGAACGGAAGACGAGGGAGAUGAAUGCAACUAUGCAGCAGACAACGUCGGCAAAGUCGAUCUUUCCGCCUGCUCCUGCAAAGCUCCCGCUUCCCGUUCCUGUUGCGUCCAAGCCCCCUGCUCGCAUGAAAACUCCUCCCCCGAGAGAGCAGAAGGCUGUCCCUGACUCAAGCCCCGACCCAUUGUCAUUGAGCAGCAACAUGGCGCUUCCAUCGUCGACGCCGUUGAAACGGAAAUGCGUCGUGGAGAUUCAUUCACCGCCUCCAAAGAGAAUCCAGUCCUAUAAGCCAAUGACAUUGAUAUCGCAGCCCCUCACUCCUUCCAGGGGGCCGCCACUGACACCAACCUCGCGGGCCUCGAACGCUUCUUCUGUGCCCACAACUGCUUCCUCGUCGACGUCCAUCACAUCCAUGUCUUCGAGUUCCAAGACCACUGUCCCAAUGACUCCAACUCCCCAACGUAUUGUGAAUAAAGCAUUUGUUCUUGUGCCUCCUAGUCCAUGGUUAACGCCUUCUUCACGCAAGGGCCGCAAGUACGAAGAUACACCGGAUCUUGGGGGGUAUGGAUCAAGUGAAGAUACCCCCCUCCGCCGUGGUCUAAUGAGUUCGGUCAAACGGACGGGGGAACGUGACGAUCGAGGUCCUUUGGAGAAGUUUGUCACAGUCGUGGAUGAGAUUUUUGAAUCUGAAGACUCUUUGCCUGCCGACCUUGGCCACGAGGAUCUGCCUCAAGAAUUCUUCUCUUCUUGGAGCCCCGAUUGUUCCAAGCCCCUCUUGAACACUUCCACCAUCCGUAAACUCUUGAAAUAUGUUGGUCAAGUUGCUCGGCCGACGAAACGAAUGCGACAAGCUAGUGCUGGUGGGCAGGGAUUGCUCGCAACACCCAGAACCAGGGCUGGGCGAAUGGCCGAUGUCGACAUCCAGACGCUGUCCCGGCUGUUGAAGAUGUUGGAGCGGAGUUUGAAGGAGGGGGAAGAGGUUGACCCUUUCAAGGCGACAGGGUCUUCGAGUGGGCUGAAUGGCACCGUUUCCGCCAGAAGCUCUCCGGUCAAGAAAGGAUCUCGAAAGAAGAAGGCGAAAGAUUCUCUAGACGACGAUGACUCGAUGGAGGCUGACGAGGCUGACGAAUUGCCACAGCAACAUCUCAAGAAGGGUUCCACGCCUCCUCCCAACGACAUUGAACUCGAGAAGUUAACUCGCCUGCUGGAUUUGGCGCGCGAUAGCGUGCUGGCUGCCGACUGUUGCAUUGCUAUUUUGGCCAGUGACAGGCUUCCCAAACAGCUGUAUUCCGAGGAACUUAUCACCAGCUGUUUGAAUACCGUUAAGAACCAGCUCACGAAGGUCCUCUAUCCCUUCAUCGAAGGCGCUUCCCCCGACUCGAUCAAUUCAAAGCUUUACAAUGGUGCCCUGUUACAGCAUCUUAUCAAGAACGCUCCUGCCGACCCCAACACAUCGGCCAACUCGUCCAUAUCUCAGGCCUACCACCGAAAGCAAAUGUCAGAAAUCUUCCAAUCCUUGUCGUCCGUCCUUCCUAGAAUCAAUGCUCUGGCUAAUGCGGAGAGCGUGGCCAUGUCGGAUUCCAUCAUCAUCCAAACUGUCUACAUCGCCAUCGGACCUUUCUUCGUCGUCGAAGGUGCGGAGGAAUCCACUGCAAAGAGCGCUAGCAAGAAAGAGAAGGAGAGUGUCGUCAACCGGACGCUCGGCAAGAGCGCGAUGCGCGGUUUGAGGCUCGAUGCCUUGUCACUGAUCAGAAGUAUUUUCUCCAAUCAUGAAGACCAGCGGUCAUGGAUUAUUGAGGAGAUUCUAACGUCCCUCAUUAAGCUCUCUGACACGAAGCAAAAGGCGGGCCAGUUCCGUCUACGAGAUGGCCGUUCUAUCCGAACCGUCUCGGCACUGCUCAUGCAGCUGGUGCAAACCUCUGCACACGAUGUUCGCAUCAAUGCGCGGAGAUUGGAGAAAGAGCGCCAAAACGCGCUGGCGCUUAAGCGGCAAGAAAGCAUCUCGGACCUCAACGGCCAGCCCAAGUCUGACGAACCAUUCCUUGACAAUAUCGACAUGGAAGAGAUCCGACUAUAUGGUGGUGGAUUGGAGUCUGCGACCAAGGCUGCGAAGACCAUUAUUUUCUUCCUUAACUCUAGGGCUGGGAAAGGCAAGACGACGAAGAAUUCCAACGAGGCGGAGUACCGUGCCAUUUUCGAUAACCUUAUUGACGACCUUUUGGUGGUCCUUUACUGGCCUGAGUGGCCUGCUGCCAGUCUUCUAUUGAACAUUGCGUCCAAGUUUAUGGUUUCUUCUUUGGAUGAUGUCAAGUCGAAUGCCCAGAUUGACACGAAUGCGGCGAAGAGCAUGGCUCUUGAUCACCUUGGCGUUAUUGCUGCGAGGAUCCGCUCUAGUAUCUUGAAGGUGCAGAAGGACGAGGAUGGCACCUCGUAUAGAGGGUUGAAACCCUUGGAUGAGAUCGUCAACAAUCUCCAGUCGAAGCAAUUCGCCAAGUUCAUGGACGCUCACCGGGACGUUGCUGCUCAUUUGUGCAAGCGGUCUACUGAGGAUCAAGCUUACGAGAGCGCCCGAGAGCUGACUGCUGCUAUCCUUGGUCAUGAAUUGGCCGCGUCGCUCAAGCGGGUUAACGUCUGGCUGGACCACCCUGAACAGGACGAAGAUCUCGACCUCCGGGACUCGAGCAAAGCGCUCUCUUUUGGUCAGAAGUUGAAGACCGCCCUCCGUGAAGUCUGGAAAGACCCGGCUACUGACGUGUUUGACAUUGGGUCUCAAGAAGAGGUGUCGCGUAUUGAUAGGCUGUCAGAAGAGAUUGGGACCAUACAGAGCCUCCGAAACUCGUUCCAGCCCAUCUUGAACGUCAUCUUGUCGGCACUUGAUGCUCCUGUCAUUUUCAUGCGGACCAAGGCCCUCCGUGCACUGGGUCAGAUUGUGACUAGCGACGCGACCAUUCUUGGCACAGCUAGUGUUCGCCAAGGGAUUGAGAAUCACUUGUUGGACAGUUCGCCUGCUGUUCGUGACGCAGCGGUGGAACUGAUUGGGAAGUACAUGAUCGACUCACCCGAGGUCGCUGGCAACUACUAUCAGAAGAUCGCUGAACGCAUGGCGGACACUGGUUUGGCCGUUCGCAAGCGGGUGAUCAAGUUGCUCAAGUCAUACUAUGGAGUGAUCGACGAUACCCAGCGGAAGAUCGACAUUUCGGCGCGGCUGGUUCUUCGCAUGGUGGAUGAAGAUGAUGGGGUGAAGGACCUUGCAAUGAAGACUUUGGAGGAGCUCUGGUUUCCGCCACUGCCCCCUCCUUCAGCGAUGAAAGUCAAGCCAACUUCAUCCAGUAACCCCAACCAAGACAAGGCAGCUCUGCUUUCGAAAGUUGCGAUCAUCAUGGGUACCGCGGCCAACUUUAGGGAUCGACAAUCGCCCUUGGAGGACAUGCUGCACAAGAUUAUCUCAGACAAAGAGGGUAAUGAGGCAGCCUCGUUGCAUCAGCGAUACGCUGAGAUCUGCGAGACCCUGAUUGAUGGCUUGGUUGAUGCAACCGACCUUCCGGGCUUUACGAUCAUCAACUGUAUCCGGACAAUCCACUUGUUCACGGCCGCCUAUCCCUCAAUCCUGCCUGGCACACAUGCUUCGACCCUCCUCCCAUAUCUCAAGAACGCAUCAACUACCGAAGAACUACUCACCUCAGACUUUUUAUUGAAAAUCUUCCGAGCUUCUAUACCGCAUAUGCCUAAGACCGCCGCCAAAUUCGGGCAGGAAUUGCAGACGUCGCUGCAGCCGCUGAUCUUGAAACCAUUUGGCGGUGUCAAUAUCCUUCAAGAAGCUGUCGGUUGCAUGUGUGCCGUAGUGCGGCAUUUAACGCACGACUUUAAGAGGCUGAUCAACCUAUUGAAAGGAUGCAAUGCGAGACUUCUUAGCUACCUUCGUCAUCCUCCAACCAAGCAACUCAAUAAUGUGGAAUCCAAGACUCUCUUAAUGCUUCUCUUCAUCGUCGCGCUGCUUGGCGAGCAUUGCAACUUCGAUCGCCUACGCCUUGAGCAACCUGACCUUGCACCCGAUAUCGAUUCCAUUACUCAGGGUUCAGUGAUGGAACACAUAUACUUCACGCUGUUGCGGAUCUAUGACAAGUUUGAUUUCGCAGACAUCCGGCCUAGGAUCCUUCAAUGCUUGGGUACGGUCUCCCGGCCAGAUCUCUUGACCCCUUGCUCACUCCCCUCGACUUUGUUAGGCUUUUUGUUCAGAGCCCAACCUACCCUUAUGACCAAGGAGGAAUCCGCGGCUAUUAUGGAUGCCAUCUUCGCUUCCGAGGAAGAGGAGGGACGUGCCAGGCUCCUGAAAAUCAUGCAAGACUUCCUGAUUUCUGAAUCGGAGAAGCAUAGCGCCAAGGAGAAAGGUAAAAUUCUCGCUUCAUCUGAUGCCAACUCUCGUCUAAACGAAUGUACAGAGUCUGCAAAGAACAAGAACAAAGCUAACACCGAUGUCAACAUGGAAGAGUUAGUCGGAAAUACGGACGGCUUUGCCGACUCUGGCUCUGACGUCGCUUUUUCAAAGUCGUUCCCGGUUAUCAUCGCUCUGGAGACCAGUCCGCACGCUGUCCUCUCGGCACGGGCUAUCGCAUUGCAUUCGAUUCUGAACAGCAAACACGCCUCCCUUCUCAAUACACGAUAUUCGAUUAGCGCGAGGAAAUCGUUCGACUACCAAAAGAAGAUUGUGGACGGUGUUGUUCAUGGUUUCCGCACGAAUGGCCAUCCAACUGCUCUCCUCCAACGGUGGUACACUCUUGUGCGCGAGAAGCGAGCCACUCGUCAGGACUUCCUCAAAUCCCUCGUGAAGGUCUUUUCCGAAAAUGACUCCUAUCAAGCUACACAAGUACGCCUCGUCAUCUCUUGGGUCACCCGUUUGGCUCACCUCUCGUUUCAGGAUGAUGUUGAUUUCACUCGCUACAUGGCGGAGAACUUCGCUAGCUUUGAAUACAAGACCCAGGAAGAGGUUUUCACGGUCAUCAAGCACUUAACGACGGUGUUAUCAACUACCGGCAUGCAAUUGCUGGAUAUCAUUUCUCCUGCGCAUCUUCUGUCGCAAAUUCAGCCUUCACAUUCCCAGCCAUCGCAGCAUAACGGGGGCGAUGAAAUCUCGUCCAACGCCGCCGAAGCUGUUGUCCCACUAGCAACUCCUAAUUAUGGCGAUCGCGAUCCUGUGUCCCUCAUGCGGACCUCUGUUAUUGUUGCAAUGGUCAUGCUGCUGAAGUCCUACCUCAAAACGCUGUAUGGAUUGUCAGAAGACAAAUGUAACAAGUUCGUCAUCGGUAAGAAGAGCGCCAUCGGAGACAGGCCGGCCACGAAACGGAGUGAUAAACCAAUCUCCUGGGAGAAACUCCCUUACGCUGUGCAGGCAAUUCAUACAACGCAAGACGUCGAGUUACAAAAACAACGGUUCCUUGAGAUAUGGAACGAAGAUGGUGUCACUGCUGAACCUGAAGACGACGAAUUCCUCUAA